UAUUAACAAAAAAUAGUCGGAGCCACCGAUGCAUUCGAGGAGGCUCUCAAACUCGACCCAAAGAACGCUCAAGCGCAGUCCGGCCUCAAUUCCGUCAAGCGCGCGAUCGAACAAGAAGCCCAAGCCGACGGCCUCAGCGGAGACCCCUCUGGCGGACUCGGAGGCAUCUUCAACGACCCCAACAUGUUCCAGAAGCUCGCUAGCAACCCCAAGACAGCGCCGCUGCUCGCCGACUCCGAAUUCAUGGCCAAGCUGCAGAGGCUGAAGACCAACCCCAACGAUGUCGGUCUCGAGAUGCAAGACCCCCGCUUUUUGCAGGUCAUGAGCGUGCUUUUGGGAAUUGACAUGCAGUUCGGUGCUCCCCCAGGCGCCGACCAGCAGGGUGGCAGUGCACGGGAGGCUGAGGAAGAUGUCGAGAUGCCAGAUGCAAGGCCACCACCAAAGUACGAGGAGGCCAAGAAGGAGCCUGAGCCCGUUCCCGAGCCGGAGGAAGAGACAGAGGAGGCCAAGGCAGCAAAGGAGGCCAAGGCCAAGGGUGACGAGGAGAAGAAGAAGGGAACAGAAUUCUACAAGAAGAGGCAAUUUGACCAGGCUAUUGAACACUACACCAAGGCAUGGGAGCUUCAUAAGGAUAUCACAUACCUGACCAACUUGGGAGCCGCCAAGUUCGAGAAGGGUGAUUACGAGGGCGCAAUCAAGGCUUGCCAGGAGGCAGUCGAAUACGGCCGUGAGAUUCUUGCUGACUUCAAGAUGAUCGCUAAGGCUUUUGCACGUAUCGGUACCUCAUACGAGAAGCUUGGAGAUCUUACAAACGCCAUUCUCUACUACCAGAAGGCCCAAACUGAGCACCGGACACCCGAGGUUCUCGCCAAGCUCCGCGCCGCUGAGAAGGCGAAGAUCACGGCAGAGAAGAAUGCAUACAUCAGCCCCGAAGAAGCCGAGAAGGCUCGCGAGCUCGGAAAUGCCAAGUUCAAGGCUGCAGAUUGGCCAGCUGCUGUCGAAGCUUACUCCGAGAUGAUCAAGCGUGCGCCUGAGGAUCCACGAGGCUACUCUAACCGCGCUGCUUGCUUCAUCAAGCUUUUGACCUUCCCUUCUGCCGUUGCUGACUGCGACGAGGCCAUCAAGCGUGAUCCCAAGUUCAUCCGAGCCUACUUGCGCAAAGCACAAGCUUACUUCGCCAUGCGCGAGUACAGCAAGUGUAUCGACACCUGCGCCGAGGCAAGCGAGCACGACGAGGGCGGUAAGAAUGCUCGUGAGAUCCAGCAACAGGAACAGAAGGCUAUGGAGGCCCAGUUCUCUGCACGUGAGGGCGAGACCGAGGAGGAGACCAUGGAGCGAAUCCAGCGUGACCCAGAGGUAAGCCUAAGAACCGACAGAUCGUUUUGUCCAGACACUAACUUCCCCAGAUCGUCAGCAUUCUCCAGGAUCCCAUCAUGCAGAGCAUCCUCCAGCAAGCCAAGGAGAACCCGGCCGCUCUGCAGGAACAUCUCAAGAACGCAUCGAUCCGACAAAAGGUGCAGAAGUUGGUAGCAGCUGGUGUGAUCCGAAUGGGCCGAUGAGCAGUUUCCGACAACCACGCCCAAGCAUACCCAUACUAGGAUGACGGGCGUAAGCGUAUUUCAAUAUAAAAAGGUUGACAAUAUCAGCUGUUUGGGAAAUACUCGCUAGUGUACUUAUGUCAGUUUUCU